ACAUAGAGCCCACUCUCCCGAGCCAGCAGACAGUUAGCUUGGCACAAAGACUGGAAACAAGGGGCUACAGCUAGCCUGGCUCAAGAUACAGAAUAACAUAUUAGUUACAGGAUUUUGUUGCAUUUGGAGAGAGCCAGGCUUGCUGUCCCCAGUCUAACAGCAGCUAAUUGGACUCCAUACUUGCUGCACAGAUAUAGGACGGGUUUCAAUCCUCUCAUCUAACUCUCGGGCAAGAAAGCAAGUGUAUUCCCUUUAAUGAGAAAUAAUCAGAUUCUCUGUUGACAAUCCCUUCUUAUUCAGCCUACCUUCAGCACUGUAGGCAAGAAAGAAGUGUUAAAUGGAGCUAUGGUUUCUCGCCAGAGAUAAAAAGAUGCCAGAAAGUAAAGCAAGAUUGCAAAGACUUUAGGAGAUGAAAUGUUUGUGUGGCGCCAAAGUAUAGUACGCUUGGUACAAAGAAACUAGGUAAAAUUAAACUAGACAUGGCAUUAAAUUUACAAUUAAAUAGAAAAUCACUGAGGGAAUGUGUGACAAAAACAUAGGACCAAGGAAGUUGGAUAUACUGUAAAGAGAAGGGGAUAUGGAUAGUGCGAAACAUGCACCAUGGUGCUGAGUUUCAGUAUGCAGGGCUCUAUUGAAGGUCACAUAGUGGAACAGGGCUGCUGAAGGAGCCUUUACUGUAAAUAGCCGGUUGGGCCACCUGUCAAUCGUACCAGCCGCUCAUACUGAGAGAGACGGUGUCAUCACUUUCUACUCUCUUACUGCAUGAUGGCUGCAUGUGCAUAUAUGUACCCAUGUUAAGUGAGCAUAAUUGUGUCUCACUGAUGUUAAUUUUCAGUGUAACUUGCAUUUAAACGCUCCUCAUUUAACACAACCCGCAGUGUUGCUGAAUCUAAAUCUCUCUGCUGUCUCUCACCAGGCUCCAUAAUCAAAACUCUGUAAUAAAAACAUUACGUACUUCAAAUGUGAACUAUUACUUUGGAAUGUCAGUUGCCGACGAACAUUCCGCAUGUGCAGACCGACCAUCCUCUCCAUUUCCUUCUAUUUACAUCUAUUCCAUACAUUAUUCUGACAUGACCUCUGCUUUUGAUUGGCGAGCAAAUAUUAACUUCGCUGAUAAGGCUGUGUCUGAGACGUGAUGGUUUAACCCUUUGUUAAUUGUAACUUGUUUUGCGAGCAGUUCAUAUUUUGUGAAACAUGCAGGUGUGUGUUUCAGCCAGGUUCACUAGUAGAUUCAGUCCAAAAAAAAUAAGUUUAUUGGUGCAUGAUUGCACCUCUAAUAACUAUUUGGCAGAGAAUAAAUAGCGAAAGUUGUUGUGUGUGUAUCUCAUUUAGAAUAUCUAUCUAUCUAUCUAUCUCUCUCUCUAUCUUCAAAGAAUUUGGCACAAUGACAACAAAGUUUAGAGUAUAUUAAAGUAAACUUAACUUAAAUUAGAAUUAUUUACAGUAAUUAUUACAGUGUUUGAACUUCUCCCUCCCUCUCAUUUCCAUAUGUUCUUUGACCUCUCUUUUCCCCACCCCCAUCUGCCACAUGCAUACACCCACUUCCCUAACACACUGUGUUAAGGACAUCAGGAGCAUUCUUCAUUGACAUGUGCUUCUGUCACUCAUGCACAUGCAGCCACACAACUACACCACACCCAGUUGUGUUCCCACUGUGUCCUCUGUGUUCCCAGCACAAGGCUGGCACACUGCUCUCAGUCUUGUGAGCACAGCCCUCUGCUCCCCGUCUGUAGCUUGGAGCAAAGACCUGAACAAUAUCCCUGAAUCACCUGCAGCUCAAUUACAUUUUCUGUGGAUUUAAUGAUUUUUAAGUGAUAAAAACCUGUCGAUUUGUUUUUUCUGGAUAAACAAGGUAGAGACAAUAAUCCACAGUGUUAACUCUGUAACUGUGUCUUCCAAAAUGGCACCUGUGAAAGGCUGGGUUGUGGGGCUCCUGCUGGUUCUCUUGUGCCCAUCGCAGGUCCCGCUCUCUGGUGUAGUGAGUGCCCAGGACGUAGCUGAGGAAGACUUGCGUGCCAGAAAUGUUGAGGAGGUUGUGGCUGAAGAGGGUGAAGACGCUGAGAUCGAUGAUGGCGCUGCUGGGGAAGAGGUAGCUGAGAAGGAAGAUGCUGAAGGAUCAGAUAAUGAUUCACAGACUGAUGAAUUGGAGGAGGAAGAGGAGACCGCUGAUGAGGAGGAAGAUGUGGAAGAAGAGACUGCUGAGGAAGAGGAGGCAGCUGAUGAAGACGAGGAAGAUGCAGAGGAAGUUGACGCUGAGGAGGCAGCAAAGGAAGAUGAAGAGGCUGCAGAUGAGGAGGAGGAAGAAGAUGAAGAGGCUGCAGAUGAGGAGGAGGAAGAAGAUGAAGAGGCUGCAGAUGAGGAGGAGGAAGAAGAUGAAGAGGCUGCAGAUGAGGAAGAGGAGGAUGAUGAGGCACCAGCAGAUGAGGAGGAGGAAGACGAGGAGGAGGAGGCGGCCACAAGUGAAAAUGAUGAUGAAGAGGAAGAUGAGGAGGCUUCUCAAGAGGUUGAGGAGGCAACUGAAGGAGAGGAGUUUGGUGAGGAAGAGGAAGCUGGUGAUGCUGAGGAGGACGACGAAGAGGAUGAGUCUGACAAUGAGGAUGCAACUGAAGCAGAGGAAGAUGACGAAGAUGAGCAGGAUGACACAAGUGACGAGGAGCCGGCCACUGACAUGCUGCAGUUCCACCCCAGCUCUUUGUGUAGUGUUUGCUCCAUCUGUGAGCACUGUUCUAAUAAGUGUGAUAACUGCCCCUGUGAAGGAGAGGAAUCAGAUCACUGUGAGCACUGCCAGGGAUGCUCAUCCUGCUAUAUUUGCCCCUUACUGUGUGACACAAUUUGCACACCAGGUGGCCUUGUUGAUGAGCUAUCUGGGUCGCUCUUUCAGGCCGUUGCCUCUCUACUCUGAGAAACCUUUUGACGCCACCAUGUGGUUGCGUGAGGUGCUCUGCUCAGGAUUGGAGCUGUCCAGCUGUUCAUACCUUUUCAGCAACAUGAAGACUCCCACAAGAGCUUGUCAUGAAUGGCUGACAGAAAAACAAACA